AUGGUUGUUCAAAGAGAAGCCAAAUCCCCACGGAUAAUUAUGAAUAUGUUCCCGAAUUCCAACAUGCUGGUAAUUCUGUUCGGGUGGGCCGGUUGCCGUGAUCGAUAUCUCAAGAAAUAUUCGGAUUACUACGAAAAGGCUGGAAUCUCCACCAUUCGCUACACUACUCCUAUUGGUAAAGUACUUGGAUAUCCGUCUUACCGUUAUUUUGCCAUUAAGUUCUUUCACGAGGUGCUCGAACAGGACGAUUCCAUCUCUCACUUCAACGUUUACUUUCAUUGCUUUUCGAUGAAUGGCUGUUCCACAUUCACUGCUUUAUGGGAUCUCCUAGACAAAAAGCCAAACGGGAGCCAGUUCAAGAAACGGGUACAAGGGAUCUUAUUUGACAGCUCACCAGCUUUCACCAGUGCUGGUCAGGUAGCUCAUGCAAUCUCGUUUGCCUCGAUGCCGCCAUCCAGGUACCAUGGUGCUUUACGGGAGUCGUAUCGCGCAGUGCUCUAUAUCUUUCUCUCCAUUUUUUACUCUAUUCUGUGGAUGUGGUCACUGAUAGAGAAAGACGUCUACGAGAAAUGGUAUGCAUAUCAUCGUAUGCUGGCGUUGGAGGAUCUACCGAUGAGGCAGAUUUAUCUCUACGGAACCGGCGACCAUGUCUGUUCCGUAGAUUCGAUUGAGGCUUUUGCUGAAGCACAACAACGACGAGGUGCUACUAUUCAGCUUCGCCUCUGGAAGGACUCAUUGCACUGUCAGCACUACCGGUCUCAUCCCACGGAAUACGAGCAGUACUGCUUGGAUUUUGUGAUGGAGCGGAGUUCUACUUCUGAUUGUUCUACAGUUACCGAGAUGCUGAACGAAAUCUCCACUUCGGAACUUAUUCUUCCAGAAGUAACUGAUCGGGCUUGUAUGAUAUGA